ACUCAGAGCAAAAGCACGAAGAGCUACGCGUGGAGGCGUGGAGCCCACGCACCAAAACGUCACCGCCAGCGCUCCUUCUCCCGUUCCCCCAAUUUCCGUGGAGGCGCGCCGCAUAGCAGCGGCGACAUUGGGCGGCGAUGGCCUCGGUUAGGCCCCCACUCCGCCGCCUCGCGCUAUUGCUGAACAGCCGCAUCCGCGCCAACAACCGCUUCCUCGCCUCCGCCUCCACCUCCUCCUCGUCCUACCCCACCGCCGCCGCCACCGAGACGCCGGCGCCGGCGGAGCCGGAGGUCGUCAGCAUGACGGAUAACUGCGUCCGUAGACUCAAAGAGUUACACACGAAAGAACCAUCUGCUAAGGGCAACAUGUUACGCUUGAGCGUUGAAGCUGGUGGUUGUUCUGGAUUUCAGUACACUUUCUCACUGGAUAACAAGGAAAAUGCUGAUGAUAGGGUGUUCGAGAAGAAUGGUGUUAAGUUGGUUGUCGACAAUGUCUCAUAUGACUUUGUGAAAGGUUCAACAGUCGAUUAUGUAGAAGAAUUGAUAAGCUCGGCAUUCGUGGUUUCAACCAAUCCAAGUGCUGUUGGAGGCUGCAGCUGCAAGAGUUCCUUCAUGGUUAAAUAAUUCGAUCAUUAGUAACUUUGAGAGAGGUAGCUUGACCGAACUUUCUGUUGCAGUAUUUUUUUUUUGAAUUACUACAAUACUUUGAUACUUUUAAAUAAGUCCUCGUUAUUGCUAGUACCUUAGGAAUCUUAUGUAACCUACUGCUUUACUAGAAUAUUUUUGUUAUGUGGGUACAUACUCAUUGGUGGCCUGGACCUGGCCCGCCGGGUUCUGGACAGCCUCAUUAAUGCUUGGUGCCCAAGUCUGGGACUUGCAUAGAUAUCUUGGACAUAAAUUAUGGUUCUUCCAUCUUUGUUA